AUGGAUCACGAUGGCACCCAGCCGUCCACAAGCCCUGACCCGUCCUCGACCACCUCGCCAGCACAACAAGACCAGCCGCCCAAGAAGAAGCAGAAGCGUAACAAGCCCACCUUGAGCUGUGAGGAGUGUGUCGAGCGCAAGACAAAGUGCGACCGCACCCGGCCAAACUGCUUGGCCUGCAUCAAGCGACAGUCGACGUGCAAAUACUCGGAGAUUGCCAAUCUGAUUGCAACCUCUGCAGACAAGAUCGGCGCGGCGCGCAAUACGGGACGAUCGAAGAAGCAGAGUAGUAAACCGCCGCUUGGCAUCGAGACCCAGCCCUAUGGAGUCCCAUUUCAGCAUUGCGUGAACUGGUGUUCGGCCGUAUGGCGGACCGCCCGGCUGGCAGAGACCAGUAAGCUUCGCUCCCCGCAACCCGCUGACCCACAAUACCAGAUGCAGGUACCAGUACCACCAACCCCAGCUAGGGCCCAGUACAGGAGUGUUUCCUUGUCUUCCUCGGCUUCCUCGCCAUUCUUACUGUCCAACGUACCCUACUCGAAUCACGUGCCGGCCCCCUUCUUUGGCCUGGGAUCCGAACACCCCUUUGCCAACUACUGGACGAGUCGAGGUGGGCUCGCCGAAGUCGUUGGUGUGCUCCCAGCCAAGGAACAGGCUGACAUUCUGGUUGACAAGUACUUCGAUGCCGUCGAUCCCGUCUAUCCGAUGGUCCAUAGGCGGAACUUCUACGCCGAUUACGGGCGCUUCUGGUCAUUGCCCCAUGAGGAAAAGCUGACGGCAGACCCAGUACUCGUGGCACUUCACUUUGUCGUCUAUGCCAUGGGAACCCAGUUUAUACAUACACCUUCAAACCAGGAAAGGGCUCAGAUUGCGGAAUUCUAUGUCUCCGCAGCACAGCAAGCCUUGCGAUUGUCGUCAUAUCUGAGUCGGGCCUCAGUCAGGACAUUGCAGGCCAUGGUCCUGAUUGGCUAUUUCUUAAUGAACGACAAUCACGCUUCCGACGCAUGGGCAUUUGGCGGCGUGCUUGUACGCCAGGCUUAUGCCAUGGGCUUGCAUCGUGAUCCAGACAUCAUAGCACCUCGCUGCUCUCGAAGCGACAAGCAACAACGGCGGAAACUCUGGCAAGCCAUCUUCUUCCAAGACACUUUCCUUACCGUACUUCUCAAGCUUCCCCCAACCACCACCUUCUCCGACAUCGACCCCGAGUCUCUUAGCGACGAUCUCGACGACUACAUUGCCAACGGCUCCUCGACUAAUGGCACCGCCGAUCCCGUCAUCAACCCGAUGAGUAUCAGUAGCAUUGCUUCUAUCGAUGACCUUUAUCCAUCCUACGAGCUCUCCGACCGUAGGUAUAUCCGCUCCAUGUGGCACAUGGCCAACCUUGUCUCCCGCACCGUCUGCAUCCCGCGCUCCCUUGCCGGACCCCUCGCCACCUCCAACGAACACAAGGCCCAACUCAUCAGUGACUACUUUGCACUCCACGCCAGCUUCCCCGUCGAACUUACAGCCUCAGACGAUGAGACCAUUUGCACCAUGGCCAAGACCAAUGCACGGGGUCUACGCCAAAACCUCUUCUUCCGCAGUAAUUUUUGGCACUGCGUCAUGGCUAUUCAGUCUGAUGAGAACCGUGAGGAAGGCGUUGCGUGUGAUGUCAAAGGUGCGCUGGAGGCGGCGAGAAUGGCGUUGCAAAGUUUCUUCCACUUUUGGGAGUACUUGCGGACGGAUGCAAGUGUCUGGUGGGUCUUCCAGCACCGGGCCUUUGAGGAAGCUCUUUUGAUGGCUCGCAUACUAAGUCAACAAUCACACCCACUCUCGCCGAGCAAUAAUGGGCUCCCCCCUUCUGCAGAUCCACUGCUCCAGUUAGCCAAGGACGAUGCGCGCAAGUGUCUUGAGAUCUUGGACCUUGUGGGAGUUGCGCCUGAGAUGCAGAAGACGAGGACAGAAGUGCUGCGGACAGCAUUCUCCAAUAUUUUAUGGAUAAACGGGUGCGGCCACUUAGGAUGCGACUUUUUUACUCGGCUUCCAGACAGGAUCGCAAUAACACCUGCCACCAGCAGCCGGGAUUCGUCCUAUCCCCUCGUCUUUGGUAUAGCGGGGACAAUCAUUGCCCUCACUGCACUAGUCGUUGCAUUUUCGCAAUUGGAAAGAACGCGUCUCGGACAUACCAUGUUUGAAUUGGAAGGUCGCUACACCUGCGAGGCCGGCGGGUGGCAGUUUGCCUACAAGCCUGAUUGGGACAGUUGGAUUUGA